AUGGCCGACAACGAAAAUAAAAUAUUCUUCAGCACAACUUUAAGAAGACCGGGGAGAACCAUCGCCUACUGGAAUUUAUCUGAAGAGAGGGACUGUCGUAUGCUCGUCAUCACGCAAAUUGUUUUGGGCGCUGGCGCAAACGACGAUGAGUACAAUGUGGUCGAGCUCGAAACUGCGGAAUACGGUGGGCUACCAAUUGCCGCUCUUAAAGCCGACGAGAAUCGCAUCAAAAACCUACAUCUGGAGUUCUCAGAAUCAGAGGUGACAAUUACUUUGAUUGAAGGCAGCGGCCCCAUAAUCAUUCACGGCUAUUUCGUCCUAGAGGAUGUUGAUAAUAUAUACGGAACAGGGAAUCCAAACAUCACCUCUCGCUGCCUUUAAUAACAACUUAUAAAAAGUUCAAUAAAAUGUAUAAAUGCAGUUCACUAUAUUUAAUAGA